CAAGGAGCGCUGUUCGCCAAGAUGGCAAUGCCCUACUUCAAGGAGGAGAAAUCUGCACGAGUCCUGCUGGCUGUCGUCAUCGGCUUCACCCUCCUCAACAGCGGGGUGUCCGUUGGGUUCUCGUACCUCGGCAGAGACUUCUGGACGGCGCUGAGCAGCAAGAAUGCCGACAACUUCUACCCUCUCCUGCAGAAGUACGUGCUGGCGCUAGCAGGGGGGACGCCGGUGUCAGUGCUGUACAAGUUCUACAGGGACAAGCUUGCGAUGGAGUGGCGAUCUUGGAUGACGAAGAGGAUCCUGGACAUGUUCGAGGCGAGGAGAAACUUCUACGAGCUCGAGACUAAGUCGGAGAUCGACAACCCAGAUCAGAGGAUAGCGGAAGAUGCCCGAGCUUUCACGCGCGUCAGCCUUGAUUUUUCCAUUACCCUGCUGACUUCCAUCAUUGACCUUGCCUCGUUCUCCACCAUCCUCUACUCCAUCUACCCCGAGCUGUUCGCUGCCAUCCUCGUCUACUCUGGGUUCGGGACCGGAUGUACUCUCUUCAUUGGAAACAAACUUGUGGGCAUUAACUUUGAACAACUGCAAAGAGAGGCGAACUUUCGUUUCUCCCUCGUUCGAAUGCGUGAGAACGCUGAGAGUAUAGCAUUCUACGGAGGAGAAAAUAUCGAGAUGAAGGAGAUCAAGAAGCGUUUCCAGUCAGCUAUCGACAACUCGUUUCGUCUCAUUUCAAACCAGAGAAAUUUGGAACUUUUCACUGUAGCAUAUCGCUACAUGGUCCAGGGCAAGAUAGAGCUUGGGGUUGUCAGUCAGAGUUACGGCGCUUUCAAUCACAUUCUUUCUGACCUCUCCAUCAUCGUCAACCAGACUCCGGACAACUCCAGAGUUUUGAUUGAGAACCUCAACAUUGAGGUGCAGAAGGGACAGCAUCUCCUUAUUGUUGGAAACAGUGGAGCCGGCAAGAGCUCUCUGCUCCGCGCCAUCGCUGGGCUGUGGACAGCAGGGAAGGGAGAAAUUACCCGCCCUCCUCCUGGAGAGACUUUCUUCCUCCCUCAGCGUCCCUACUGCACCCUUGGGUCCCUCCGAGAGCAGGUUAGAGGAGGGAGGGAGGGAGGGAGCAGAGGAGGGAGGGAGCAAAGGAGGAAGGGAGGUGGAGGAGCUCAUUUAUCUGUCAGGGUUGCCAUAUUGGACGAGGCGAGUUCCGCUCUUGACCUUAUGAGUGAGAAGAGCAUGUAUGAGCUGCUUGAAAACCUUCCACACCUCACUUACAUCUCAGUUGGUCACCGACCAAGCCUCCUGCACUAUCACGACAUGAAGUUGAAGCUCAAGGGGGACAAGUUCGAGAUCGAGAAGAUCGCAGACACCAGCGAGAAGCAGCAGAUCGUGGCUCUCUGA